AUGUCCGACCCUACAAAUGAUGCCAGGGAGGGGGCAGCUGUGAGAGAUGAAGAGUUGAUAUCCAAUGGAAUCAUCGAUGACAAACCGCCUAGCGACGAAGAGGAAGGCGAGGAUGUGUUUGAUUCGUCUGAGGAAGAUGAAGAUUUAGAAGAGGAUGAGGAAGAAGCGAAGAAGAUCAAGGAAGGGUUUAUUGUUGACGAUGAAGAGGAUGAAACCCUGGAAGGUACUGCGUCGAAGAGGAGGAAAAAGCACAAGAGAAGGGCCAGAGAGGAAGAAGAAGAGGAUAGACUCUCUGAGGAUGAUCUCGACCUGCUUAUGGAAAAUGCGGGCGUCAAACGAAGUACAAUAACACCGAUCGCUGGGAAGUUGAAGCGAUUGAAAAGAGCGGGCGACGAAGAAGCUCAUAAUGAAGAAUCCAGUGGUACGGCGCCAUCAAGAGGGGAUUCAAAUUCCAAACUAGAAGACUUUUUCUCGGAUGAAGAAGAAGAAGAUGAAGGCAUGGCGAAUAACGAAAGAGGAGCUCGCGAUCGCCAUCUUGAAGGCGAAGCCUUGGAUGACGGGAGAGACCACAGAGCAAGUAAAGGUGCUGUGAUGGAUGAACUAGAUGACUUCAUUGAGGAAGAUGAGUUUUCAGACGAAGAUGAAGAAACAAGGCAGCAAAGAAUUCAGGAAAGAAAGCUGCUUCGAGAACACAGAAUGAAGCAGCCGGUUCAGGUGACAGGAUUGUCUUCGGACAAGAUAGAUGAAAUGUACGAUAUCUUUGGUGAUGGACACGACUACGACUGGGCCUUGGAGAUAGAAAAUGAAGAGCUCGAUCAAGGUACCGCGAAUGAAGUUGUCCCAGAUGACGAGGGAGAAGAUAGGGAUGACGCCAGGACUGGAAAGAAGAAAAUAACACUUCAAGAUAUCUAUGAUCUUCAAGAUUUAAAGCGAAACCUGAUGACUGAUGAGGAUAUGGUUAUUAGAAGGGCUGACAUUCCAGAGAGAUAUCAGGAGUUGAGAGCAGGUCUAUCAAAUUAUAAUGAACUUACCGCUGAAGACCAGGACUUAGAGAAGAACUGGAUAAGCGACAAGAUAUCUGUUGAGAAGAACUUCGAUCCAUCCUACGAUUUGACAGAAUUCAAGGAAUGUAUUGGUAAUGCUAUAAAAUUCAUUUCACAAGAAAACUUGGAAGUACCUUUCAUCUAUGCUUAUCGUCGUAACUACAUAUCCUCCAGGGACAAAGAUGGCUUUGUUUUAACUGAAGAUGACUUGUGGGAAAUUGUCAGUCUGGAUAUUGAGUUUCACAGUUUGAUUUAUAAAAGAGAAUAUGUGAAGAGUUUCUACCACGAAUUGGAUAUAAGCGAUCCGAUCGUGGACGAUUACUUCAAGAAUCAAACGACAGGUUCCACAGCCGAAUUGAAUUCUCUGCAAGAUAUUUACAACUUCGUUGAGUUCAAAUAUGCGCAUGAUAUUAACGACUUUGUGGCAAGGAAUUCAGGUAGGAAGCACUUGAAAAAUUCCAGUUAUGAGAAGUUCAAGUCAAGUGCUCUUUACCAAGCUAUUAGUGAUAUUGGUAUUAGUGCCGAGCAGGUAGGUGAGAACAUUAGUUCACAGCAUCAAAUACAUGUCCCCGUGGAUCACCCAGAUUUGACCCCACAUGAAGUUAUUAAAAGUAUAUUGAGUGCCAAUAGCGCCGAUCUGCAGGUAUUUACUUCCAAUACCGAUCUGGCGCUUGACACGGUGAAGAAGUACUAUGCGCUUGAAAUAGCGAAGAAUACUAAGGUCAGAGAAAAAGUCAGGUCAGAUUUUUACAAAUAUUACUUAGCAGAUGUGGUAUUGACAUCAAAGGGGAAAAGAGAGAUUCAAAAGGGUUCAGUAUAUGAGGAUAUCAAGUAUGCUAUUAACAGAACCCCCCAACAUUUCAGAAGAGACCCGGACGUGUUUUUGCGUAUGCUGGAGGCUGAAUCUUUGAAUCUUCUUAACGUGAGGUUACACAUGUCGUCACAGUCUCAAUACGUGGAUCACAUGUUUCAAAUAGCCUUGGAGACCACUAAUACAUCUCAGCUGGCAACAGAAUGGAAUAACUUCCGUAAAUCAACCUUUAAUCGAGCAAUGGAUCAAAUUUUCUCAGAUAUCUCUCGUGAGAUAAAAGACGAUUUAUCCAAGACUUGUGAGAAGCUGGUGGCAAAGACUAUCAGACAUAAAUUUAUGACGAAGCUUGAUCAGGCUCCAUUCAUUCCAAACAGCAAAGAUCCAAAAGUUCCAAAAGUUUUGACAUUGACCUGUGGUCAGGGUAGAUUUGGAGCUGAUGCCAUAAUUGCAGUCUUCUUAAACCGCAAGGGCGAAUACGUUAGGGACUAUAAGAUUGUUGACAAUCCAUUCGACAGAUCAAACCCCGAAAAGUUUGAAGAUACGCUAGACGAAAUCAUUCAAAGCUGUCAGCCAAAUGCCCUAGGAAUUAACGGGCCUAAUCCAAAAACCCAAAAAUUCUAUAAGAGAUUACAGGAAAUUAUCCAUAAGAAGCAAGUGGUUGAUAGCAGAGGACACGCAAUUCCAAUAAUUUACGUUGAGGAUGAGGUUGCGGUUCGCUAUCAGAACUCUGAACGAGCAAGUCAAGAAUUUCCAAACAAGCCACCUCUUGUGAAAUAUUGUAUCGCACUUGGACGCUAUAUGCACUCGCCUCUAAACGAGUACGCUAAUCUUUCUGCCGAAGAGUUGGGUUCAUUGGCAGUUCAUCCGCAUCAGACUUUGUUGCCAAGAGAGAAGUUCUUGAAAGCACUGGAAACAGCUUUCGUUGAUAUCGUUAAUCUAGUUGGCGUCGAGGUCAACAGGGCUACGGAUAACCCUUAUUACGCUCGCUGCUUGAAAUUCAUUUCAGGGUUUGGUAAGCGUAAAGCUAUCGACUUCCUUGAAUCUUUGCAAAGAUUAAACGAACCGCUACUGGCUCGCCAGCAGUUAAUCACUCACAAUAUUCUACACAAAACGAUCUUCAUGAAUGCGGCUGGUUUCUUGUAUAUUUCGUGGAAUGAAAAGAGGCAAAAGUACGAGGAUCUGGAGCAUGAUCAGCUGGAUAGUACUAGAAUCCACCCUGAAGACUAUCAUCUGGCUACCAAGGUUGCUGCUGAUGCUCUUGAAUACGAUCCUGAUGCAAUUGCAGAAAAGGAAGAGCAAGGAACAAUGAGCGAAUUUAUCGAAAUCCUACGAGAGGAUCCCGACCGCAGAUCGAAGUUGGAAUCAUUGAACUUGGAAUCAUACGCGGAAGAGCUUGAGAAGAAUACUGGACAAAGAAAGCUGAAUAACUUGAAUACGAUAGUUUUGGAGCUUUUAGAUGGAUUUGAAGAAUUGAGGAAUGAUUUCCACCCUCUGCAUGGAGAAGAGAUUUUCCAAAGUCUUACUGGAGAAAACGAGAAAACUUUCUUCAAGGGUGCCAUUGUACCUGUCAGGGUCGAGAGGUUCAGACACAACGAUGUCAUUUGUGUCACGAACUCGCUUGUGGAAUGCAUUGUUAAUGCACAACGUCACGCAGGAGCACAGUAUAAACGCCCCCCCGGAGACAUUUACGAGAUAGGUAAGACCUAUCCUUCCAAGGUUGUCUUCAUCGACUACGAGAAUAUUACCGCGGAAGUAUCCUUGCUGGAGCAUGAUGUGAAGCACCAAUUCGUCCCAGUCAAUUACAGCAAAGAUCCCUCAAUCUGGGAUCUAAAGCAGGAGCUCGAAGACUCCGAGGAAGAGAAGAAGAUAACAAUGGCAGAGGCUCGUGCCAAGAGAACUCAUCGUGUGAUCAACCAUCCUUACUACGUUCCGUUCAACGGCAAGCAGGCCGAGGACUAUCUAAGAAGUAAAGAACGUGGUGAUUUCGUCAUCAGACAAUCCAGUCGAGGUGAUGACCAUUUGGUCAUCACAUGGAAGCUGGAUAAAGAUUUAUUUCAGCAUAUCGAUAUCCAGGAGCUUGAAAAGGAGAAUCCCCUGGCUCUGGGGAGAGUGCUAGUUGUUGAAAACCAAAGAUAUCACGAUCUAGAUCAGAUCAUCGUCGAGUACUUACAAAACAAAGUGAGACUGCUGAACGAGAUCACCUCCAAUGAAAAGUUCAAACGUGGGAACAAGAAGGAAGUGAUAAAGUUCGUUGAGGAUUACUCUAAGGUCAACCCGAACAGAUCGGUUUAUUAUUUCUGUUUUAACUAUAGCAACCCUGGCUGGUUCUACCUGAUGUUCAAACUAAAUGCACAAAGCAAGCUUUACACUUGGAACGUGAAGCUGACGCACACAGGCUUCUUCCUCGUUAAUUACAAUUACCCUAGCGUCAUUCAGUUAUGCAACGGUUUCAAGACCUUACUGAAGUCGAACAGCAAUAGAAGCAGAGGCGGCUACUGA